AUGCCCUGCGCGGAGCCGGGAGACAAAGCGCGGAGCAUCCGCGGGUUCGGCACUUCCCCGACGGCCGCGGGGACAGCGCGGGGCAGCGCCGAGGCAGGGCGACCGGACCAGAGCCGAACUGAACCGGUCUCUACUCCUCUCGGCCAGGGCAGAGUCAAUCAGCUCGGUGGAGUUUUUAUCAAUGGCAGGCCUUUACCCAACCAUAUCCGACACAAGAUAGUGGAGAUGGCCCACCAUGGCAUAAGGCCCUGUGUCAUCUCUCGCCAGCUGCGAGUGUCCCACGGCUGCGUCUCCAAAAUUCUCUGCAGGUACCAGGAGACGGGCUCCAUCCGGCCGGGGGCCAUCGGCGGCAGCAAGCCCAAGGUGACGACGCCGGACGUGGAGAAGAAAAUCGAGGAAUACAAGAGGGAAAACCCUCACAAUUCAGUAGUGCUGAUUUUAGAGAGAUCCAAAUUUAACCGGGAGGACUUGAUCCUGCUGUCCGUACUCGGGCAAAGCUGCCACGCAAGCGCGGACGGGAGGCCGGCCGGGCCAGGCCGCGCCACGCUCUGCACCGGGUCAUCCCCGUCCGCUCGCGCCUUGGGGACCCUGCAGGUCCAGCACGCGGGGCUGCCGUCCGUGGUAGGAAGCCUCCCAGCUAAAGUUAACUUUCUCGCUCUCAUCGCGCUCUCUCUCUCUCGAGCCUCAGCCCCGCAGUCCGAGGAAGGCUCGGACAUCGACUCGGAGCCUGACCUGCCGCUGGAGCGCAAGCAGCGCCGCCGCAGGACACCCUUCACGGCGGAGCAGCUGGAGGAGCUGGAGAGGGCCUUCGAGCGGACGCACUACCCGGACAUCUACACGCGGGAGGAGCUGGCGCAGAGGGCCAAGCUCACGGAGGCACGUGUUCAGGUCUGGUUUAGCAACCGCCGAGCUCGAUGGAGGAAGCAGGCAGGAGCCAACCAGCUGAUGGCUUUCAACCACCUCAUUCCGGGCGGCUUUCCACCCAGCGCCAUGCCGACGCUGCCCACCUACCCGCUCUCGGAGCCGUCCUACCAGCCCACCUCCAUCCCGCAAGCUGUGUCUGAUCCGAGCGGUACAGUCCACAGACCUCAGCCGCUUCCUCCGAGCACCGUGCACCAAAGCAGCCUCCCCUCGAACGCGGAGAGCGGCUCUGCCUACUGCCUGCCCAGCAGCCGGCACGGGUUUUCCAGCUAUACAGACAGCUUUGUGCCUCCGUCCGGGCCCGCGAAUCCCAUGAACCCUGCCAUUGGCAAUGGCCUUUCACCUCAGGUAAUGGGACUCUUGACCAACCACGGCGGGGUGCCUCACCAGCCCCAAACUGAUUAUGCCCUGUCCCCCUUGACCGGGGGCCUCGAGCCCACCACCACGGUGUCGGCCAGCUGCAGCCAGCGGCUAGAGCACAUGAAGAGCCUGGACAGCCUGCCCACGUCCCAGUCCUACUGCCCGCCGACCUACAGCACCACGGGCUACAGCAUGGACCCCGUCACCGGCUACCAGUACGGACAGUACGGGCAAAGUGCCUUUCAUUAUCUGAAGCCAGAUAUUGCAUAA